AUGUCGAAAAAAGAGUUCAAAACGACCGAGUUGCGCGUGGCCGCGUGCGCCCCUCAGCCCGUGGCCGUCGUGGGAUCCUUCUUCAACGGCAUGCGUGUGCUGCCCGACACCAACUUUGAGCUCUUUCAAAACAAGCAGAAUGGCUCUUUUCUCGUCCAUGGCGAAAACAGCACCUUGGAGUAUAAUGGUGUGGAUGCAGACGACGCAUGUGACUACGCCGUGGCGCUUUAUGACCCAGCGCACAAGUCCGUCGAGCUUUUCCCGGCGCCCAUGGUGCACGGACGAGUGACAUCUCUUGACGCCAGAGUCCACAAGGGCCCCAAGAUCAAGCUGCGGGGCGCCCGUGCUGCGGUCCAGAGAACCGCUUUGGGCGAAGCUUUCGGUACGAAAAAGGCCAAGGCGGCCAUCGCCAGUCUGGAGCGCAAUCGGAUCGACGCAGACAAAUUGCAAGACAUGGAGUUGGACAUUGUCGACAACGUCAAGGAGCUCACGCUGGACUUGCCCUCGCGCGAGCAGUUGCAAGACGUCAGCGUGCUGGUGCGCCCUACGCCUCCGGCAAACGUGGAUGCUACAAGUGUCGAGGACAUUUACGCCCUCCACUCGAUAAUACCCAAGAAGGAGUGGGCCAGCAUCCGGGUCCAGGCCAUCUUCGACGAGGAGAGCGCGGAAAAGCGCAUGGAAAUGAUGCCCUUUGGCCUGUCGGCGUUCGUGGCGAAAAACUUGCCCAAGUAUGUUUCGCUCCACAACACGGAAAAGGUGCAGAUGUUGUACUACGCGGCUUUGUUGUUUGGAAUCUACCACCACCGCCGUGUCCGCGACAAGACGUCGCUCAUGGAGCGCUUGGAAAACAAGCCAUCCGAGCUCUUGGUCGACGGCGUGUUGGGCCGUUUUGCUGUGGCCAGAACCACUGCCGUGGGAAAAUCCAAAGACCGCUCUUUUGUCAUUGAUCCCUUCCACGAGGACAAAUUGCUAUGCUACUUGCUUGCGCUUCUUUUCCACAUUGAAGGUUUCACGUUGGAGGUGCUUCCGUUGGCAAACGAGUUGAACAUGAAACCCACACGACUCGUCGGUUUGUUCCGUGCUUUGGGCGCCACCAUCAAGCCCGUGGGCGUUGGAAUGGCCGAGGCCAUUGGCUUGUCCAAGAAGGAGGCUUCUACUUACAAGGUUGCGGUGUUGCGUGUGCCUUUCAAGUUGCCUGAAAUGGUGAGAAAGGGCGCCAGACGCUAG